CGUUCCACUGUGACUUUAACAUUAAGUUGUAAUGUACUCUGUGGCAAACUUUGGCCACACCUAGAUCCUGUCCCAUUUCCACAAAAAAAAAAACACACAAAAAAAAAAACACAAAAAAAAAAACAGGCUCCCUUUUUUUUUUUUUCUUCUUCUUCUUCUUCUUCUUCUCUUCUUCUUCUUCUUCUUUUUCUUUCUGGUGCGUUUGUUUGUGUGACGGCGAGUCCCGGCGGUGUAACCGGAGAGGGGCCUCAGAGAGGGAAUGCAGGACUGCAAUGGAGCACAAUGCAAUACAGUGGUUGGGUGCCCCGUCCUGCCAGCGGGGGAGCUACGCCUUCUAUAAGUCGGUGAGCAGCAGAGCUCAACCCGGCGGGCCCGUCCAGGUGUGGAAGCUUGGCGAGUUUUACUUCAUCCGCUGUGGACCGCAGGAUCCCGUAUGCAUCGCAGAGGUGACCUUACUGUGGGAGGACCAGACACGGCACCACCUGCUGGCCAGCGCCAGACUCUACUUCCUGCCUGAGGACACGCCGAAGGGGCGGUCCAGGGAGCACGGAGAGGAUGAGGUUCUGGCGGUGUCCAGGAAGAUGGUGGUGCGGGUGGAGGACCUGGUGGAAUGGGCGUGUGCGGAGUCGGCAGGUUGGAGCAGCAGCCUGAAGCCACCGCCCUGCGGGACCAACGGCCUCCACAAGCCUCUACAGAGCAGUGGCGGAAACGGCAGCGACGGUAACGGCAGCGACGGUAACAACAGCGGCAGCGACGGUAACAACAACAACAACAACAACAGCAGCAGCAGCAACAACAACAAGAGCAGCGAGCCGCUCAAAGACAAAACUCAGAGCGACCUGGUGGAGCGUCAGGGCAUCAAAGUGCUCAGCUACCCGCAGUACUGCCGCUUUCGCUCCCUGCAGAGACGCAUCCAUGACGGCGCGAGGGGGCCGGUGCUGCAGGACCUCCACCUGCUGGCCCUGGGAGGCGUCAAGGCACGGCCCAACACCCGGCUGCUGUACUGCAGGGACACCUUCAACCACCCGACGCUGGAGAGCGCCAGCUUCUCCUUGCACUUCAGAUGUCCGUCUUUCAGUCUUCGAGGGCGACCUCGCAAGAGGAAAAGCCGAGACGACAGAGACUCCCCGAACUCCAGCCAAUCAGAGUCCUGGAUUGAGAGGAUGAAGGAGAACGUGAUGGGCAGUGUGGAGGUUGGCUGUGAAGGCAGCUGGCUCCCCGACCCUGAAGAGCAGCUGUUCCUGGAUCAGCUCUUCGCCUUCAUGGAACGCCUCGGCUCACCCAUCCACAAAGUCCCCAACCUCGGCUUCAAGAAGAUUGACCUCUUCCUCAUGUACUCUGUGGUCAAGCGGCUCGGAGGCUACAAAAGGGUGACAUUGGACCGUCUCUGGAAAAUAGUCUAUAACGAGCUGGGAGGAUGCGCCGGCAGCACCAGUGCUGCUACCUGCACCAGGAGACACUACGAGAGGCUGAUGCUUUCUUAUGAAGAGCACCUCAGAGCAGGAGGAACAGAAUUCAAAAUCCCAGAAUCCCCCAUGCCUCUGAAACCCAGAGGGAUAAGAGGAAGGAAACCAUUUCAGAGAGGCAGAAAACCAGGACCCAAAUCCAAGGACAAGAAGAUGACGACCCCUGCUGCUGCUGCUGCUGCUGCUGCUGCUGCUGCUGCUGCUGCUGCUGCUACUGCUUCUGCUGCUUCUCGUGCUAUCGCGAACCCGACCGUCACCGUGGCGGUGAAGAGGGGCCGAGGCCGGCCGCCGGGCACACGCAACAAGGCCACGCUGAUCGCUCAGGCCAAGCUGAUGGCGCAGCAGCAGGCGAAAGCCAAAGCUACCACCGAGUCUCCGCAGCAGAGUCCGCUGCUUCCAGUCAGAGGGGCCGGUGGACCGAUUCCCAGCGGCACGCACAGGCCCAUCCUCCCUAUCCUCCCUGUCAACAUGCCCCUCACCCCCGACCUCUCCCCCAUGUCCGCCCCCUUCCUCCCCUUCCUGCCAAAACCAAAGGAGCUGAAGCCGGACCGAGGGGAGUCUGUGGCUCCUGCUCCAGGAGUACUCCUCUCCACUCUGCCUCGUCACUUCGUGGGAGCGUCUCUGGGCGGCUUCAGCCCCAUCAAAGGCGUCUGUCCUCUGGACGUCUUUAGGAACCGCAUCGGCCUCCAGAGAAGCCCAGAGAGCCCGGCCAUGACGCCUCAGGACCCGACCCAGCACCACCCGACCAUCUACACACUCCAGCCCAAAAGUGGGAGCCCGAAUACGCCUCAUCCUAGCGGGGACCAGCUUCAGCCUCAGCCCCACCCGCUCCACCAGCAGCACAACCACUGCUCGGGGUGUAACGUGGACGAGGCAGCCCAGAGAGGAGGCAUUCGGGACGCCAGGAACCGGCCUACUCUGCCCCCCCUCCGGGUCCUGCCUCUGAACCUGGACUGCAGCGUUCAGGUGUGCCAGCUGAUGAGGACUCGCCUGGGCUCGUCUCAAUUCCAGACCUUCACCCGCCGACUGUCCGAGGCUCUGUCCCAGGACCUGAGCGCCAAGCCCCCUUGCUCUCCCAUCACCCCUCCCCCCGAGCAGGCGCUGCCUCUCAACCUCAGUAAACGCUUACCGGCUAAGAGACCCAGCACAGAGGGACCAGAGCCGAGUCUGGCAACGAUCAACGGGAACACGGAUCAACCGCCAUCCAAAAGACCCAGACCUGGCUCCACGGAGCAAGCCGAGGGCUUCGGCCUGGGAGGCCGGUCGAGCUCUGGAGGAAGUGACGGAGGAGGAGAGCAGGAUGUUGAGAUGGAGAACCAGGAAGAACCCGCAGACCUGAGCUCUCCGAGCAGGAUCAGGGCCUUCCUGCUUGGGCUGCCACCCUUCCAGGUGAAAUUUGAGGACGAUCUGAACGGGACGACGUUCGGUAAAUUUCUGCCACCAGUAUCUAUGACUGAAACGCAGAGGACCGAGACGGGAGAGGGAGGAGUGGCAUUAAAGAAAGAAGUAAAGGAGGAGGUGGUUGAAAUUGAGCGACGUGAAACUGAGAUAAGCAACAAACUACAGAAGUUAGAGAAGGAGGAGAACGAUGCCACCCACCUCUCUGGUCCUGGUCCAGCAGAGCUGAAGAGAGCCCGACCCUCAAACACUGACACACACUGUUUUUAGCAUUGUUCCCCCUGUUGAUAUUAGCAUUUUAUGAUCGGAAAACUGUCGGAUAAAUUGGGGAUUUGACGGUUUUGGAAUGUGGAAAGUCGUAUCCACCGUGGGUCUUGGUGUUGGGUUUUAGAUGCCGGAUGUUUUCGGCAGUUGAUCCGGCUCAGGUUAACCUGAACGUGCGGAGCAGGGAUGUUUCUCCGCUUCAGAUUUGAGAACAAUUGAACUAUUUUGUCUCCUCCUUGUUACCCGUUUUUUUUUUUUUUUUUUUUAAGCUCACGUCGUUGAUUGAACUUUGCAGAGGAAUGACGACACUGAGACUCAUGACAAUCACAAAUCAGUUUCUCUUUCUUUCUGUUGAUUUCUAUCUCUUUUUAAGGUGAAAAGAAACAGAAGUGAGACUGUGACUCUUAAACAAACACUGCCAUAACCCUCCAUAACACUAUUAACUCCCCUGUUCAAUGUUUCGGUGGAAUAUUGAAUAAGAUCCAUAUUACUUAAAAUACAAAUAAAUCUAUGCGUGAUGCUAUGCAUCAAUACUUCAUAAAUUAGCAUCAAAGAAUAUACUGUAGUUUCUUAGUUUCAUUUUUAAAUUGUACUCUACUUCCGUAGAGAGAUAGUUAUUUUCUGAUAAAGUGUCUGGAUGUUAUCUGGAGCUCCUCAGUCUUCACAUUAUAGCUCGUUAGGUGAAGCCUUUCUGUAGUCCUGCUCGUUAGAUGAAAUUAUAUAAACGUACACAUAUGUGCCUUAAAUGGCCGGCGAUCCGUUUCAUCGCUGGCUUCAAAUACAUUCAGUUAAAGAGAUACCUUGAUGUUGGACCCGUUGAGUCUCCCUUCGCUCCUCAGUGGGACCGGGUAUCUUUGAAUGGACGUGGAUACGAUCCCUGAGAUUCUGUUACUUUUCACAAAAGAAGCCAAAGUCAUCAAAUGUUGAAUGUUGUCUUAAUAUUUAGCAGCUGUACUUGUCUAUAAUGAAACCGGUCCCAAAAAAAAAA